ACCUUUGGUCCGCCUAUCUGAUAUUUAAAGCGGAACUUCGAUCUACGGCCCGCGAUAAUCAAAUCAUCAUCACUGGAGAUUCUUUUUACCACUUUUCUCAAUUUCAAGGAAACAUGACCACCUACACCGACAAAGGACUUAAGCCCGUUGGUGGAAAAUUCCUCAAUUUCGAUCACAUAAAAUUCUGGGUUGGAAAUGCAAAGCAAGCUGCCAGUUUUUAUCGUUGCAGAAUGGGAUUCGAGCCUUUGGGAUAUCGUGGUCUGGAAACUAACUCUAGACAAACGGCUGCGCACGCCGUUAAACAGAAUAAAAUUAUAUUUGUGUUCGAAUCUCCGUACGAGCCUGACAACGAAGAAAUGUCGAAGCAUCUUUCUCGACACGGGGAUGGCGUGCGAGAUGUGGCAUUUAGCGUUGAAGACAUUGAUACUAUUGUAAAGAUUGCCAAGAAGAAAGGUGCCAAAAUAAUGCGUGACACAUGGGAGGAAAGCGACGAGCAUGGCACCGUAAGGAUGGCUACCAUAAAAACUUACGGAGACACACUCCAUACACUCGUUGACAGGACAAAGUACAAAGGUUUCUUUCUACCGGGUUUCGUAAAUGCACCGGAAGACAUUCUUCUCAAACAACUACCCCAGACGCAUUUAAAUUUUAUAGACCACGUCGUGGGUAAUCAAUCCGACAAACAGAUGGAACCUGUUGCGAAAUGGUACGAGGAAUGUCUGCAGUUUCACAGAUUCUGGUCGGUGGAUGACACGCAACUGCACACGGAAUAUUCCGCGCUGAGAUCCAUCGUGAUGACAAAUUGGGAAGAGACAGUGAAGAUGCCAAUCAAUGAGCCUGCGCCUGGAAAGAAACGCUCUCAAAUCCAGGAAUAUGUCGAAUAUUACGGCGGCGCUGGAGUGCAGCACAUUGCUCUUAACACCAAUAACAUUAUCACCGCGAUAACGAAUUUGCGCGCCAGAGGAAUGGAAUUUCUCGAUGUGCCCGACAGUUACUACCACAUGCUCAGAAACCGCUUGAAAGCUAGUGGCACGAAAAUUGUGGAAAACUUGGAUAUACUGCAGAAACUGAAGAUACUGAUAGACUACGACGAGAACGGUUAUCUUCUACAGAUAUUCACGAAAAAUAUGCAAGACCGACCGACAUUGUUUAUUGAAGUUAUACAAAGACGCAAUCAUAACGGUUUUGGGGCCGGCAAUUUUCAAGCGUUAUUUGAAGCCAUCGAAUUAGAACAAGCAAAACGUGGAAAUUUGUAGAAUAUUAACAUUACCACUUAUUUGCAGAACGGAUAUGAAUUUAUUGACGCGCAAAAGUAAUCUAGCGAGAGAGUAAAGAUGAUAAAUAUUUUUGUACUUGUUUUUAAUUAUUUUAUAAUUGUGCUACUUAUCAUUUCGUAUAUCACAUAAAAGAUGUAUUAUGCUAAGUUCGCCUUGAGAUUCAUUCAACGCAAACAUUACCUUAGUGUUUUGUUAACUAUACUAUCGUUAAUAAUUAUAAUAAAAAUAUUAUUUACAUGUCAUCAUGUAACAAAAAACUAUGUAUGUUUUGUCGCGAUCAACGAAAAAUAUCAAGGUUUACGUUUCUGCCUGUGGAAUAGAUAAUUAACUUGUCUGAUUAAUUCCGUAUUGUUGUAUUUAAUGGCCAACAUUUUUUGUAUUACAAAAAUACACAGCAUUAAAUGUAAAAUAUGUUACAAUACAUUUCGAAGCGUAGUAAUGCAAA